UCCCCACCCAAGGGAGCUAACCUACCGUACAGACCCAAACCAUUACUCUCCCCUGUCUACAUCUCAGGAAGUCAAGGAUUCACAGUGCCAGCUACCAUCCCCUCACUCCCGGGACAGGAGGUUUGCAUGCCAAGGUUUACCUAUUCCUGGAGUCAACCAAUGACCGAUGGACAGUUUCCAGGACACAUGCUUCCAAAAGGAUUUCACCACCCUGUGCAGAUGGCGCACGCCAUACCCAUGGUACCUUCUGGUCAGCCUGUGAUGCCUGGAAGUCUGGUGCCAGUCAAUGGUCUAGGCCCCGCGGCCCUUCCACAUUUGUGGCCCGGUCCACUGCCCCCACCACCACAACCACCACCACCUUGCCUAAUAAUGGUACCUAACCCAUCCAAGUCAACAGAUUUUUUCGAAGUUUAUUUUUCAGGUCUAGGUCCCAGCCUUCAGUACACCCCAAGGGCAGGUAAUCCAGGCCAGCCACAACCCCUGCCCAGCAUCAGCCAGCAGGCCCAGGAAAUGAACAUCCCAAAUGAUUUGAUUGGCUGUAUCAUUGGUAGGGGUGGGCAGAAGAUCAAUGAGAUCAGACAAGUUUCUGGUGCAAAUAUUAAGAUCUCAAACGCAGAAGAUGGAUCUUCUGACCGUAAAGUGACCAUCACAGGAUCCCCAGAAUGUAUUGGACUUGCGCAGUACCUGAUCAGUACUAGCAUGGAAUUGCAUAAGACCUUGACCCUUGACCCUGCCUCCUUGCCCCCUGUGUCGUCUGUGGCUGGCCCCCUGCCUCCAUUGCCCCCCCACCCCAUGGCCAUGACUGUUGUCAAAUCGCUACCACCACCAGGUAUGCUGGGCCUGAAUGGCAUGGCCGGCCUGAAUGGCAUGGCCGGCCUGAAUGGCAUGGCCGGCCUGAAUGGCAUGGGUCAGCUGGUCGACCCCGCAUCUCUUGGUGCCCAGGGACCUCCAUCAUCCAUCGCGAUUGCUUGCUCGCUAUCCGCACCUUCAGCAAUGGCAGGUGGGAAACCGCUGCAAACCAAAAUGAGGGUGGGACUCACAGCUACGUCAGCAUUCAAGGCAGCGGAACGGCCAAAGUUCUCCCCAUACUGACUAUACCCAUGUUCAUAAAUGUAUGUUCUAUUUUGUUUUAAACCCAUUUCAUUUGUUAUCUGCUCUCCAAAAUUCCAGAUUCAUGCACAAUGGGUUGUUUUAAAUGGUUACAUUUUUUUAAACUAGCAGAAAUUAAAUUAAAAAGCAAUUAAUAUACUGAAAAAAAAGUUAAAAAUCACCAAUGUAUAUAUGACCAGACUGUAGCAUGACUCUGAGAUUUGGGAGCGGUAAAUUUUGAUUUUUAAAUGUCUAAAAUUCCAUGUAAACCAGGGUCCCACUGGUAUUGUGGAUACCUAAAUUAUUUACAAUUGUUGUUUGGUUUCCUUAGAAGCGUUUUAGAAAUUAAUUUACCACAAAAAUUAUGUUUCAUUAGAAAGCUCAAAAGUGUGUACCUAUUCCUGUUAAUCUAAUAAGUUAUUUACUGUGUUUUGUCAAAAGCUUCCCUUUAGAGUCAGCAAUAAAUAAGGCAUUUGUUGUGUGUGGUUUUUCUCUAAUAAGUCUAUGUAACUUGCAUUUGUAGGGUUAUUUUUUGCUUACACGUUUCAGAGUAAAAUUACCAUACAUUCAAUUAUAAAUAAUAAUAACUUCAUUAAAAAUACUUUUCUAGAUAAAUGUUAGAAUCAGCUGUCAUUGUUCUAAAAAGUAAUAAAGAAAAUUCAUCUCAUCCAGUAUUAAUUAAAAGUUCAAGAAUAGGAACUGAUAUUUAAAAAUACACAUCCAGAAUUUCUUAAUGAUUAAAUUUGUAAAAACAAAAAAAAUGUUCUCACCCAGUAUUAAUUGGUAGUGUAAUAUAUAAUAGAAAAUAUAUAUUUUAUUCACUAUUUGUAAAAUAUCUAUAGAAAAAUAAUCUAUUCACAAUGCUUUUGUGUGCAUUUGCUAUUAUUUUGUGACAUUAUUACAGUGAUCAUAAAAUGUAGAGUUAACCAAUGUUUAUCUGGACAUAAAAUGAUUAGUUAAAAAACUAUUUUUAAAUUUGUUCCCAAGUAAAGCUGAAUUCAUGUCAUUAAGUUAAUAAUUGUCUUAUUCUAAAAUAUUUUAACUUAAAUUUUAAAUUUAUUACUCAAAAUAAAACUUCAAUAAGUGGAAUCAAUUUAUAUACAAAAAAAUUUGCUUCUAUGCAAAAAAUUACUUUAAAAUAUAAACACCACCUUUGGCUUUUUA